AUGAACUAUAGCCAGCAGCGCGCACAAGUCGUGUCCAAACCAAGGAGGCAUAGCCGCAGCAAUGGCAGAACCGAUACACGCCUCCUGCUUUCACGCCCCCGGCUCCUCUCCAACCUCGCAUUCGUUUCAAUUGCCUUUCUAAGCAUACAACCCGCCGCCGCCGUCUUCCUCCCUUUCGAUAACUGCCUCGACGACAGCUAUAUAUGGUCGAACCAAGAGCCCGACGCCGUGCAGUUGCAAUGGGUGCCGUUAUACGCCGAUGCUGUCUUCGAUCUGGUCAACGACAAUCACAACCUGAAAGUGACUGUAUGGGGGAAUGUGACGGGUAGAGUGGGGUCCGAUGAGUUGCCGGCUUGGGACAACACGACGGCUUGGGGCAACUCAACCCAGGCGCUGAAUGGCAAAAUACAAGACGAACCCGAGGCAGGCAUCCCCAACGGCUCCGGCAAGGCUACCACUUUACACAGCAAGGUCGAUGUUCUCAGUUACGAGCCUUACAUGCAAAACUCCAACUUUUGCGAGAACAUCAAUACGACCAACGGGGCGUGUCCGUUAGCCCCUAUCUUCAACGAGACGGCUAUUGAUCUCCCAGAUGGCUUGUACGCUUUCAACCUUUCCAACAACUUUUACUCUACGUACGCGUUCACUUCGUUUUCGCCCACCUUCAUCAUCUGGUACGGCGACACGGCCGUCACUACGAUUGGUUGUGUGUCGACAGUGGUGACCCCGGAUCUGGGGGGGAUUGCAUGGUCUCUCAGGUUUUUGCCCCUAUUCGUCCUGCUUCUGGUAGGUGUUGCCACUGUGUUCGCGGGUGUCUUCAGCCCCUGGGGCACCAGCGACGUCUUCCACUGGACGUCGAAUUACGGCAGAGAUCCCGAUCUGCUUCGUCUCGUCACUCCCGGAUUCGGCGACUGUCUUCAGUACAUUCAGUUUAUUGUCUUGACGGGUGGGCUUUCGUUAGAUUAUCCCGGGUUCUACCAGCCGGUGACAAGCAAUGGCGCCUGGUCUGCGCUGAUAUUCAAUGAGAGUUUUGUGGCCAAGGCCGAGCCGUGGGAAGUAGUGAUUGACGGCAUCUAUUUCACCAACGGAACCUACGGGCUGCAGAGCCUUGCCCAACUUGUCGGCAUGCGCGAGGUCGAGGACAUAUGGGCUGGCAUGAUGAUUUGGCUACUGGUCAUUAUCGGUGUUGUCCUCUUCGCCAUCCAGGUGGGCUUCUUCUUCCGCUGGCUGCUACGGUAUAUCAAACACACCCCUGAGGAGGACCUACGCGCCAAGAAUCUCCCCUUUUCCAUUGGCAAUGUAAUUCGUCUUGUCUUCAGCUACUUCCUCCUCCCGAUUGUCACCUUGUCCGCCUUUCAGCUAGUAGUCGCCGGUGAAUCUGACGUUGUCCUGGUGGUCAUGGCUGUGGUGAUGUUGGCCCUUAUCGUGGGGUUUGCCGGAUGGCUCAUGUACCUCAUCGCCACGACCCGGCCACGGGCACAUUUGUUCGACGAUCUCCCGACGGUGCUGCUGUACGGACCGCUGUACAACACUUAUUCCGACGAAGCGGCCGCUUUUGCCCUGAUCCCGAUAAUAUUGACCAUCAUGCGAGGCAUUGCGCUCGGCGCUGUUCAGCCCUCCGGUAUCGCCCAAAUUGUCAUCUUGGCCGUGUGCGAGGUGGUUCAGAUGCUGACCCUGCACGCAUUCCGCCCGUUCCACUCCCCGACAUCGAUGAAUGCGUACCACGCGGGGUUUUCAGCACUUCGAUUUGUCACGGUCCUCCUCAUGGUGGCUUUUGCUCCAUCGAUGGGAGUCAAGGAAGGGUCCAAGGGAUGGGUUGGUUACGUCAUAUUGCUCAUUCACGGUGCCGUUCUAGUACUGGGCUUCUUUCUCAAUGCACUGCAAACUAUUAUCGAAGUCAUCGCAAGGCUGUGCGGGGCAGGGGGUGACGAUAUCCGAGGACAGACCAGGGGCGGUCUAUCAAAGAUUUUUGGCGCUCGCCAACUUCAGAGGCGCAUGUCGAGGCGCGGUCCGCGCGGUCCGCGAGGUCCAUCACGCCAAAGCCAGCUUAGUACGACGAGGAUGCUCGAUGCGGAACAGGGAAACAAGGGACAAUACGGCCGUGUUAGGAGUGAAUCGGCCGGAAGUAUGGGGAUCCUCAUGCACAACCCGGGCCAGCGAAGCUCGAGCGCCUUGGAUGCUCGUAGCAUAGACGCCUACUCGGUUCCGGCCGGAGGUAGUAACUUCACGCCGACGACGCCUGGGGAAAACAGCACCUUGUCUUCCCUGCCCCCUCCUGGGCAAGCUACCCGGCCUGGGCCUGCCGUUCCUACGACAGCUGCAGACCCUUACUACCGCCCCCCUCGCGCGCGCCGACGAACCAACGAAAGUGCUCGCCCGUCUACAACGGAGUUUAAACGUGCGUCUAUGGGAAGUAUCGACCUGUCCAACCGAAGAUUGAGCCAGGCUGGAGGACCAGUCAUAGAUUCGGAUCUCGACGGGGCGCCGUCAGGGAGGGCAACGCCGGCACCCUUCAUUGCGCCAGCGCUCUACGCCCCAGUUUUCGCCCCUAGAGCGGACUAUUCCACACGCGAGGUUGACUUUUACUACGGGGUUCGGGGCCCAGCUUUGAACUCGGAUGCACCAUCACGAAGGUUGGGCACCGGGCCUGCAGACCCCACAAGUCCGGUAUCUGCUGCAACAGGGUGGUUGAAGGCGUUGUUCGGCGGCAAGACCAAAGAUAAGGGCAAGGGCUUCGAGGUCGUAAGAAGUGCUAGGAUGCCGCCCGCUAUGAAAGCUCGUGGAGGCGAAUUCAGCGACGAUACCCCGCCAGAAGGGAUUCCUGUCGCAAUGGGCGUAUUACGGAACGGUCCCAUAGAAAGUGACGAUGAGGAGACUACGCCAAAGUCGAAGGCUAGACGCGCUACGAGCGAGAGCGUGGGGGAGGACUUGUUAGACGAUAGUGGCGAGCCUCGAGUCGACGAUGACGGAGGCGAAGAGUCUCCACGUGUUACACAAGAUCCGCCUCUGUUACCAGAUCUUGAUGCCGGGGAGAGCUUCAAAGUACCCAGUCGGCUGAACUCGUCAAAGACCAGCAGACAGGCCUCACAGAAGAAGACCCGGGGAGUCUUGAUCGGACCGGUACCCCACGUGCCUCGGAAGAGCUCGAAACGGAAUUCCGUUGUCGAUCCAAUAUGUAACCCAUCGUUCAACGUCGUACCGCCCUCGGAAGCCUCGACGUCGCAGACCUAUUUUGGGGACAUAAUAGAUUUGUCACAAACCCCAGGCGCUUCGAAGGCCAGGCUUCCCUUCGACCGAUCUAACUCCCAGAAACGACAUUCGGGCUCUUCACUGGGCCUCGCCGACGACGUCAGCCAGAUGCCCUCGACCGGCUUUAGUACAGAUAGUGGCGAGGACCGGCCGACGAGCUACGGCUACGUACACCAACAUAAUAUCAGUAGGAUCGACCCGGCGUCGGACCACGACCUACUCGGCAGCGCGGCAGAAGUGGUGGACAACUCAAGGAGAGCCAGUCCCAGUUCUUCCGUGUCUGGACGUUCAUGA